UUGUCUGAUAAGAACAAAACGGAUAACUAAAAUUUAAGAGGAACAACUAUGGAAAAGGCGGAAAAGUUGCCUACCAGCAGUGACUCUGGUGCUGAGAGCGCCGAAGAGGAGGAGGAGGUGGAACCCAAAUUCAAGUAUCAACGGAUAGCCAAUGAUCUAAAGACUAUACUAAACACAGAUGUCGUGACAUGCAGUUCUGUGCAUUCCAAGUUUCUUAUUUUUGGAACCUUCCGAGGCUGCGUCUACUUGUUGGAUCACCAAGGCAACUCGGUUAAAUCGAAUUUAAGCAGUAGCGAACGACACACACAUACUGUGGCAGUUAAUCACAUCGAUGUGGACCCAAAGGGCGAAUACGUUGCUACAUGCUCCGAUGAUGGCAAAGUUAACAUCACAGGCCUCUUCAGUUGCGAGAACAAUCAGAGCUUAAGCUUGGGCAAAUUUAUAAAAUCCGUUGCUCUGGACCCCGAUCCCAAAACACGUGUUAGAAGAUUUAUAGUGGGUGACGACAAACUCACUCUAUAUGAACGCAAUCUUCUCAAGAAACUCAAACCCACAGAACUGUGUUCAGUGGAGGGCAACGUUUUGUCCAUCUGCUGGCAGGGUAACUUUGUGGCUUGGGCCAGCCAUUUGGGUGUGCGUGUCUACGAUCUAAGUGAAAAGUGUUCCCUGGGACUGAUGAAAUGGGAGUUGCCGCCACAGGCUCGCUUGGAAAACUUUCGAUGUCAUUUACGUUGGUCGAAUGCGAAUACUUUGCUCAUUGGUUGGGUGGAUACCAUAAGAAUUUGUGUAAUACGCAAACGAAAUGCGAUUGAAGCUUCCUCCAGUAAUCUGCCUGGCUAUGUCGUUGAUCCGGUCUCAACUUUUCAAACUACAUUCUACAUUUGUGGCCUGGCUCCACUGGCCUCAAGCCAAUUGGUGGUGCUGGGCUAUCGGAAGCAGCGCAGUGCCACCUACAAGGCCCUUCGUCCAGUGCUCUGCGUCAUUGAAUAUAAAAUGAACAGUAGCGAGGAAAUCUGCACGGAUAGCUUAACAUUACGGGGCUUUGAGGAGUACACAGUUAAUGAUUAUAGCCUCGGCUGUUUGAUCGAAGAGAAUCGUUAUUAUAUCGUCGCUCCCAAGGAUAUCGUAGUGGCUAGUCUCAUUGAGACGGACGACCGUGUUGAAUGGCUGAUUAAACACAGUAAAUUUGAAGAGGCCAUGGAUCUGAUAUCCACACAUGGCGGCAGUUUACCAGUGCUCACAGUGGCCAGAUUAUACAUCAACCAUUUGUUAACGCUGAAACAGUAUGAAGAUGCUGCAAAGCUUUGCCUACGCAUGUUGGGCAACAACAAGUCAUUAUGGGAGGAGGAGGUCUUUAAGUUUGUGAAAUGCCAGCAGUUGCGCUCUGUGAGCGCCUACUUACCCACCUCGGAUGAGUGUAAACUUGGUUCCCAUGUCUAUGAGAUGGUUCUCUAUGAAUUUCUCAAAUUCGAUGUCAAUGGAUUUCUUAAUUUGAUUAAGGAAUGGCCACCCCAGUUGUACGAUGGUCUGGCCGUCAUUAAUGCCAUUCACGACAAUUUUCGUAAGGAGAAUGCAACUCAAUUGCUUGAGUCCUUGGCUUUGUUAUAUUCCUAUCAAGGAAACUACGAAAACGCUUUACGCAUGUAUUUAAAAUUACAGAAUAAAGAUGUGUUUGAGCUCAUAAGACGUUAUGAACUCUACGAUGUCAUUUCCAAAUUAAUCAUUCCAUUGAUACAACUGGAUCGCGAUCGUGCCUUUAAAAUAUUGUUGGAUAAGAAUAAAAUAAAACCGGAAGUAGUUGUCCAUCAAUUGGAACAGAAUCAGGAGUAUCUCUUUUGGUACUUGGACGCGUUGGAGAGAGUGGACAGCCGUAAUGUGUUCCAACAUAAAUUGGUUGUCUUAUAUGCCAAGUACGAUAGAGCGAAGUUGCUGCCCUUUUUGCGCCGAUCUAAGGAAUAUGUUAUACAGGAUGCCCUGGCCAUAUGCAAACGGGAAGGAUUCUAUCCAGAAAUGGUUUACCUACUGGGCUGCAUGGGUGGCGUAGAGGCAGUGGAAGCGCUCAAUAUUAUUAUGCACAGUAUAAAAGACAUCGAAAUGGCAAUUGAGUUCUGCAAAGAGCAUAAUGACAAUGAUCUAUGGACUGUUCUAAUUGAAGAGUCUACCAAACAGCCGGAAAUAGUUACCAAAGUGCUGGACGGCAUCGUGGACUAUGUAAACCCUGAACUGGUGGUUAGCAAAAUCAAACUCGGCCAGACCAUACCACACCUGCGACAAUCGAUCAUUAAAAUGCUUUGGCACUACAACAUUCAGGAAGAAAUUCUCACGAAUUCUCAUCAGAUACAACUGACUGACUAUUUUGCUACCCAUUCGGAAGUGGUGACCCUGCAGCGGCGUGGUCAGCAAGUAUCCUACGAUUUGUCUUGCCCUCAGUGUCAUAAAUCUGUUGUGAUUAAGGACACUGUUCCGCGGAAUGCAUUAAUUGCAUUUAAAUGUGGUCACAUCUAUCAUGAAAUUUGUGUGCCGGGACGCCUCAUUAACGAACACCACUGUGAAUUGUGUAAACUACGGAAUACCGAUAUUGACAGGCCAGAAUAAUUAACCUACUCAUUUUUCGAGUGUGAAAGGCUGACAAUUGGAUGUCGUAUGCGAGAUUGUUUCAACUAACGCAUCGCACCCAGUACCCAGAGGACAUAAGGGUAGCUCUUUGUUGCUCACGGGACUGUCUGAAAGAUUAACCUUUUUUAUUUCCUAUUCUUAACCUUAAGCUUGUAUGUAUGUUGCGUCUAUUUAUUUAUUGAUUAAAACAGAUAUUGCUUUAACAAAUGUA